AUGAGCGAAAUACCAUACGCACCGUUGAGCGAAAACACUCCUCUUCCUCGGGAGUCCGUCACGACACUCGGCUCGGUCAAUACGAUUCAAUAUGCGAACAUGGAAACGCACAAUCAUUUAUGUCGCAUAUGUCGUAAUAAAUUAAUGAAGAAACAAGAUACUGAUCACACACCAUUCGAUUGUUUGACUGUCCGAUGUGAAAUGUUAGAAGCGGAAGGCAUGCGAUUGAAAGAUCACGACAUGAAGUCACGUAUACAAAUUAAAGAACUAGAAACGAAACUAGCUGCUUUGGAAGAAGCAGUACAAGGCUUGACUGCGCCAAAACAACAGCAAGCUGCACCCUUCAGUUUCGGUACACCACAAAAAGCUCGAAAUCCAUUCAAGAAAGCUCAAUCGGUCGACGUUGCUGCACAUACUCCCGAGAUCAACUACGAUAAUAUCUUACCACCUAAACGAUCCGGUAGCCGAGAACGUGUCGGACUCUUCGGUAGUCUCGGUGCGACUUCACAAGUCCGAUGA